GUUUCACAUUGCCCCGAAUCCACCGUCCGUCGCUCUGCCGAUCACUUUCGCGGGUUCGAUAUGUAAUCAGCGCCAAAGCCAUCCAAUAUGAAGUUGAACAUCAUCGUGUCACCCCUCCCGCAAUGAAAGUGUGCUGUGGACCAAUUGUGGCGCUGGUCACGUGCCUACACUGUACAUAACGUUGCCCAUACUGCUGAAUGGUACUGUACCAAACCUUCCGUCGAACCCAUUCUUCAAUUUCCCACGUCCAACCCACAUGACGACCUCCACAACAACGACCUCCACCACCAGCAACACCACUGCUGGUGUGUGUCUCUUCAACGACUGUCCGCAUCCCGCAACGUUACCGUCCAUGAAGUGCGCGUUCCACAAAGGUCGAGGCAAGUGUCGUAUGCCUGACUGCCACAACCAAGUGUACGCGAGGCAGCUGUGCGUCCGCCACGGUGGCAAGAAGAUCUGUCUGCGGCCACACUGCACGGCCCACGCCCGAGGCAACGCCUUCUGCCUCAAGCAUGGAGGCGUGGCCAAGCGGCGGACGUGCGAAGUCGACGGCUGCGUCAAGCUAGCCCACGCCAACCACAAAUGCGUGGCCCACGGAGGGGGUCGGUACUGCAAGUCCCCUGGCUGCUCGUUUCACGCGCGGUUCGCAGGGCUGUGUCUGCAGUGCAAUUCGGAUCUAACCCCCCUCGACCUCCGGAACCACGUGAUGUUACCCCUAGACGACGUGGACUUCUCGAUUUUGCAAGUGCUGGCCAAAGAAUUCACAUCCAAGCGUGUGCACAUUGACGGACUAGAGGUGUGGAAGGACGAAGACUCAUCUACCCAAGUCCCAAAUGUAGUGGAAACAUAACCUACACGAAAAUCAUAGAGUUGAGCUAGCGUUUGAUCGGUG